UUCUGGGAAAACAUUGUCUCGUUCUUCAAAGUAGUAAUGGCAGAAAAUUUGGAUAAAAUUUAUACUCAUAAAAAAAUCCCUGAUAGUCCAUUUGAGCUACAAUUGUUUUGUAGAAGACAUAAAUCUAAGUAAUUUGAAAUUAUUUGAGUCCGUAAAGGUACGAGGUAUAACAGCAAAGAAAUAUUUGUCAAAUAAAAUUUAGAACGAGUACAAUAUGGCGGCGCCCAUAAUCUCUUCAUGUUUACAGUUAGCGCUUAAAAUCUUUUUAUAAUAGCUCCAUGAUCUACCACCUGCCAUAUUUCAUUUUAUGAAAUUAAGCAUUGUUCUCAACUUUUUUCUUACUAUCCUGCCUUCUUUAAGUGGUUUAUCCGAUCUGCUACGUGGGAAACGGCAUCAUAAACUGUCUGCCAGUGCAAACCGAUAUCAGGUCGAGCCAAAUACAUCAGUGUCUACUUCACUCUCUCUCUGGAGAUUUUGCAAUGUAAAACACAGAGUUACUUAUUUAUGUGGUGAAGGUCAAUAACUGAAGAUGGCUGUCUACUACAGAUGUAUUUCAAGCCCUUUGCGAGUUUGCUUUUACCCUAUAAACCUUUGGAAGAAAUCAUCCAGAUUUUUGUACAGCAGAACUGGAGAGUGGGUGGACAAGUUUUCUUUGGAGACUCGUAAAGAGUUAGAGGCAUAUUGGAAGGAUGAACUACAAGCGUUCAGUGCGGAGCAGACCCUCAGCAAACAGGACCAGAGACCCAAGUAUUAUGUGCUUUCCAUGUUCCCAUAUCCAUCAGGACGGCUGCACAUGGGACAUGUCCGAGUUUACACUAUCAGCGACACCUUCGCACACUUUCAUCGCAUGAAUGGCAAACAGGUACUGCAUCCAAUGGGAUGGGAUGCCUUCGGUCUCCCAGCUGAGAAUGCCGCUAUUGAGCGAAAACUCAAACCUGAUGACUGGACCUACAGCAAUAUAAGCUACAUGAAAAAGCAGUUGAAAGACCUUAGUAUGUGCUUCAAUUGGGACAAGGAGGUGACUACGUGCAAUCCUGAUUACUACCGAUGGACACAGAGCAUCUUUGUGAAGCUAUACAAGGCAGGAUUGGCCUAUCAGAAAGAGGCUCUCGUCAACUGGGACCCUGUCGAUCAAACAGUGCUAGCCAAGGAGCAGGUGGAUGAGAAUGGAUGCUCGUGGCGAUCAGGCGCCAAAGUUGAACAAAAACUCCUCAAACAGUGGUUUCUGAAAAUGACUCACUACUCCAAGUCCUUGCUUGAUGGCUUGGAGGAGUUGCCUCAUUGGCCGGCUGGAGUUAAGAGCAUGCAGGCCAACUGGAUCGGUGAUUGUAGCGGCUGUGCUUUCCACUUUAAAUUACAGGAUUCAAUGCAGCAUCUCAGCAUGGACCUCCCCGUUCACACAGCCUACCCCGAGCUCGUCUACGGAGCAUCUCACAUCAUCUUGGCACCCAGCCACCUCCUACUCAGGAAGGAAGACUUCCUCAACUGUCUCUCCUCAGAUGUGCAAGAGCAGCUGAAGCUGAUGGAUUCCAGAGAGUUAGACGUCAAUCUUGGCAUCAGUGCCAUCCAUCCUCUCAGUCAGAAGCCCAUCCCCAUCUUCGCCUCAAGCCGCAUCCCCUUCCAGGAAAACGUGGAGUCCAGCCUAGGCAUCCCUUGCUCCUGCCAGGAGGAUCGGCAGUUUGCCGACCUGCACAGGAUUUCGUAUGAGACAGUCACGAAAGAGGCUGAGGACACCAGGCUGGUGAACUCAGAUCAGUUCACAGGGAUGACAUCAGAAGAAGCCAAAGAAGUAAUCAUGCAGCAUGCAAGAGCUUUAAAUAUUGGAGGUCACAUGACAAGCCCCAGGCAAUUUGAUUGGUUGAUAUCCAGGCAGCGUUACUGGGGCACCCCGAUACCAAUCAUCAACUGCAACCAAUGUGGGGCUGUUCCUGUGCCAGAGGAGGAUCUUCCAGUAAUACUUCCCAAACUAGACACCCUCACUGGAAAGGGAACGUCACCCCUUGCAGAGGUCACACACUGGGUCAACGUGGAGUGUCCUCAGUGCUGUAGCAGGGCUAAGCGGGAGACAGACACCAUGGACACAUUUGUGGAUUCGUCCUGGUAUUUCUUGAGAUACACAGACUCAGCCAAUGAGAAAGAGGCAUUUAGGCAAGAGACGGCUGAUUGGCUAAUGCCGGUGGAUUUGUACAUUGGAGGCAUUGAGCAUGCCAUCAUGCAUCUGCUCUACGCCCGCUUCAUCAAUCACUUCCUCUACGACCAGGGCUUGGUCGCUCACAAGGAACCCUUCACUCGUCUCUUGACCCAGGGACUGGUGAUGGGACAGAGUUACAGAGUGGCAUCCACUGGCCAGUAUCUCAGGCCAGAGGAGGUAGAGUUCAAAGAUGAGGAACCACUGCAAAAGGGUACCGGUGAAAAGCUGAUCGUCAAAUGGGAAAAGAUGAGCAAAUCCAAGUAUAACGGUGUUGACCCUGAAGACACCGUCAGGGAGUAUGGGACUGAUACGGUUCGACUGUUCAUCUUGAGCGGCAUUCCACCCGAGCAUGACAUGCCUUGGAAUAUUGCAGCCAUUUCUGGAGUCAUGCGUUGGAAGAACAGACUCUGGUCGCUUGUUACAAGGUUCAUCGAUGUUAGAAACCAACGGGAAUGGUCCCAGAAAAUCCAAGAUGAAAAGAUGAAAAGACACAAAGCAAAGCUGUGGAAGCUUAGGAACACUGCAAUUCAAGAGGUAACUGAGCAGUUCACGACAGACUACUUGCCCAGCGUUGCCAUCACUCGGCUGAUGACGCUAACCAAUGCUCUACGCAGCUUUCCCGAUGACGUGGUACGCGACAGCCGUGCCUAUGAAGACACACUGGGCUCCCUCUGUAUCAUGACUGCACCCAUGGCGCCAAUGAUUACCUCUGAGCUGUGGAGGGGUGUUGCCGGGGUACCAUACCACUUGGCUGACUAUGACUGGGAGAAAGAUGUGUUACAGCAGGCAUGGCCAAAAGUCCAACCAGAAACUGAGAAAGCAGCAUUUAUGAAUGUCAUAGUCAAGGUUCACAACCAGACAAUAGGAACAGUCCGUGUGCAGACUGAACUACUGCAAAAUGAACAUGAACUAAAGAGGCUGAUACAAGACAGUGACCUGGUUCGGGAGGUCAUAGGUCAACAAGACAUCAGCAGAAUCGUGGUGGCUGCAAAGGUUCCACUGGUGAACUUUUUAUUAGAUGGUCCAAGAUGAUAAAAAAGAACCUAGGAACCGAAUCCCUUUUUUAACGGAAUUCCUUUCUUUUUCUAUACAUUAAACUUGCCUCGAGUAAGGAGGCUUUGACUGAAAUUGGAGGUCCUGGGUUCAACACCUGUGCUCAGAUGUCCGCAUAUUUGGUUCUGACAGUAUCAUCUAAGCAGAGCUACUAAAUGGAAUAGGCGGUACAUGGUGCACCAUAAUCUGGCAGUAGUAGGAAGAUUAUGUUGAAGGGAAUCAAUGAACGUCACGUUGACAACAGAACCUUGGCCUACAAAUGACAGUGAAGCAACACAAUAUCCUGUCAGUGCAAAGCUAUGUUAACCUUUUACCCGGGGGUUACCAUUGAAAUAGACACUGGUAGAUCAAGGCAAAGUUUAUAGCUCGUCACUGACUGGAGAAAAACUCUGCAGUCAGUUCAGAUGCAAACAAUGUCANGCAUCGGUACAUAAAGUCUUGAUGGUGAAUGUGGGCCCAGGAGAGUUUAUAAUCGGAAACCAAACCAGAAGAUAUUUGUCAACAAUCGGCGUUAAGAUGCGAAUGGUACACUCUAAGAAUCUAAGAAGAUAGAAGUCUGAACUUUUGAAAGUUGUCGAGUAUCUACAUCUUCCGUGGCUGGUGGGCUGAUUUGACAUCGGCGAAGUCUCGUUGUAAAGGGGAUGAAAUGUCUUCCAAGCAAAUGCCAACGCUGUAACUACUGCAACAUAUCCAUGAUGAGCAACCAAUAAAAACACACACUUGGUAGACUGAA